AUGACUUACGACUACACCUUGGAAGAGCUCAGGUCACUCGGCACAAGAUCACAAGCCCUCCAGGAUUCGCUCAAGCGCAACCCAGGUCCAGUGGCUCUAAAGGAGAUACAACACGACGUCCCGUUGUCGCGCACCGAGCGAAUCGCCUAUCUGGAUACACAGCGAGGGAAGUACCCUAUCCCAGGUCCGAUCCCAGAUGUAGUUCACGAAAAGGAUGUCUACAUAGACUAUGAAGACACUAAGAUACAGGUGCGAGUCUAUUCGCCCACCGGACAGGUCAGCAAUGCAGCUACGGGAUGCUUUCCAGUGAUUGUUCUCAUGCACGAGGGCGGCUUCAUACUCGGAGACAUAAGCGACGAGCAACACAAUGCCCGUCUCUUCGUCUCCUCCUUCGACUGUAUCGUCCUCAAUGUCGAGUACAUGUUGGCCCCCGAGAAUGCCUUCCCUAAUGCGCAUCUGUCGUGCUAUCGCGUCAUCGAGGCAGUCUGCGGGGCACCAGAAUACUUCCAUCCGCUGGCCGACCCAGCGCUGGGCCUCAUCCUUGGUGGCUCAAGCGCAGGAGGCAACCUUUCGCUCAUUCUCGCUCAUCACGCUCGUCAGCAGGGUCUUCGGAGUCCUGUGACAGGUGUCUGGCUCGGUGUACCGUUUGUAUUUCCCCAGGAAAAGGUUCCGUCGAAGUACAAGUCCUUGUACCACAGUGGUAGCACGAGAGACGACCCGAUAAUCGAUCCUGGUGAGAACGAGGCGGGUUUCAAAGGCAUGCUAGCAGCAAGCCAGAUCAAGGACUUGGACUCACCACUGCUAAGUCCUUUCUCCUCCAAGUUAUAUCCGCCAACGAAAGAAAACAAUGGUGAGCAUCUUGCGCCUUUAGCGAAGGCAUUUAUCCAGGCAGCCGGAGUGGAUCCUCUACGCGAUCACGCCAUCAUCUAUGCCAAAGCACUCGAAGAAGACUGGAAAGCCGAGGUCGAGCUCAUCGUGUAUGGCGGGUAUGGACAUAUGUUCUGGACCAACUGGCCGCUUCUGGACGAGAGCAAGAAGUUCUGGAGAGACAGUGUUCGCGGCAUGGGAUGGCUGCUUGGGCAGGAAGCCAAGAGCUCAGCAAGCUUCUGA